GCAUUUCCAUAAUAAGAAAGGACACCGCGAAUUUGACCGAUCCUGCACCCGACAGGACUUUUCUUUCUGAAAUACCGGUAUUGCGAAAGGAAUUGAUAGCGAAGAACCAUGCAUUCUCUCACUAUUUGAGCUAUUUUCACAGUUUGGAGUGAUCAUGCUAACAUCCCAAUUCCCACAUUCUUUGCGAGAGAGGUGGAACUUGAGAAAUUGACCGUUUGAUUUCAUCAUCCGAGCAGGGAAAAUCAGCGGGCUGCUUUGUUUUGGUCGAUUCGGAGGGAGCGCACUCAGCGCGGAUGCGAUGCAUCAAGAACAAUAACAAAACGGUUCUCACUGGCUGGGAAACCAUGAUCUACAUGUAGCUCGGAAAGCCACCAGAAAUUGCUGUUUCGAUCAUGUUCAGAAUGAUGCUAUCUUGACUUGAAGGCCAUGGAGCACGUUGAUGAGUACGAGUACAAUAAGAAGGAUAUAAUUGGGCAUGGAGCUUUCGCGAUUGUUUUCAAAGGAAGGGAGAAGAAGAGACCCGACCUUACAGUUGCCAUCAAGUGUAUCAACAAGAAGAACCUGUCUAAAUCACAGACUUUCCCUGAGAAGGAGAUUGAAAUAUUGAAGGAGUUACAUCAUGAAAAUGUGGUGUCUCUACAUCAUUUCAAGGAGACGGCCUCCUCUCUAUACAUGGUCAUGGAGUUCUGUAAUGGCGGAGACCUUGCUGAUUAUCUACAUAUCAAGGGUACGUUAAGCGAGGACACCAUCCGAUUCUUCCUCGGCCAGAUAGCUUCUGCGAUGAAAGCUAUCCAUGAGAAAGGGAUCAUCCAUCGAGAUCUCAAGCCUCAGAACCUCCUCCUCAGUCAUAACAGCAAGCACAAAGUACCUCUACCAAAUGAGAUACAUCUUAAAAUAGCUGACUUUGGAUUUGCUAGGUUUCUUGAAGGUGACAUGAUGGCUGCUACACUUUGUGGGUCCCCUCUCUAUAUGGCUCCUGAAGUGAUCACAUCGCAGCACUACGAUGCUAAGGCUGAUCUGUGGAGUAUAGGAACCAUUCUCUUUCAGUGUCUUACUGGUAGUGCACCCUUUAAAGCACCCAACCCUCCUGAACUCAAGAAGCUCUAUAUGAAGGCCAGGACUUUGGAUCCUAACAUACCACCAGGAACAUCCAAGGCACUUCAAAACUUGUUGGUCAGACUCCUCAAGAGAAACCAAAAAGACAGGAUAGAAUUUGAUGACUUUUUCAACCAUGACUUUUUAGGAAAGAAUAUGAAAUCUACCUCAACUUCCCCAAUGCCAGUCCCAAGCCGGACCUACAGCUUCAGCUCUGACUCACCGGGCGAGAGGCGCUCCCUGUCCGUCUCCCCGCUCUCAGGGAACAUGCCCAUCUCAUCCCCUGAAGAGCCGUCUCCAUCAUCGGUCGGGUGUGGUACCAGGGGGUACAGUACCAGUCCUCUAGCUGCCCCGCCCAUGAUGUCAGCAAACAGACCUUCCGCUGCCAAGGGACUGCAGGAGAAGCUGGGACUUUCAUCAGGAAUGGGCUCUUCGGAUUUAGUUGAAGAUGAUUUUGUGAUAGUACAGCCGAACCUUGUAUCAGAAUUAUCAUAUGAAACUAGUGGUGCUAGCAUUAAUGUGCAAACUACAACAGAUGUCAUUACAAUAAGAAGCAAUUCUUCCCCAAUCAUGUCAAGUAGUAGAGGUCACUCUGUCCAGCCAAAGUCCAGUACAAGCCCGGUGUCCGGCAGGACUAUGGCUGCAGUGGUCAGAAGGAAACUGCCCUCUCCAAGUGAAAGGCCAAGUAGCUUGCCAAUUUCGUCGAGUCCGUCAACGAGUCCUAGUAGCGGUAGACAUCGAAUGAGUCCUAAGCAGCAGUCUCCUUCAUCUCUGAUCUCACCAAGCAGGAUACAUGCACAGAUUAGACACUCGUAUAGUAGCAGUGGUGGCAGCCCCGUAGGCAGCCCCAACCAACGGAGACGACUUCUAAGUCCUAACCAAUCCCCUUCGUUGGCUAGACAUUGCAUUCUAACCCAGGCUGGAGGAGUGGAGAAUAAACCACCUAGUCCUGUACAAGUUACUGGAUUAGCCUCACCGGGCAGUCAGUACAAUCCAGGAGUCAUUCACAAGUACUACAAGUUUCAUGCAUCGCCCACGUCCCCUUCGCCGUCACCUCCUCAUAUCCCUAGGGUUUCAACAGAUCCAAGCAUGUCCUCUCAAGGGUUGGGGCUUUACAGAGGCUCCUCCCCUCAAUCGCAGGGGUCGGGGACUUCCCCUACCAACAUUCCAUCACCGGCUAGAAGGAAGUUAUCAUCACCUGCAAGGAGUUCUCCUCAGUUCUUUACUGGUCCUUCCUCACUACCGACCAUCGCUGGUUCACCGACCAAGAAAGGCAUUGGUAAUGAGAUCAGAUUCACCAUAGGAACGCAUUGCAUCAGUCCAUCAGAGCCUCUGAACAUGCCCUUUGCCAAGUCCCGUCGUGUGAGGGCAUCCUCUUGCUGCUUGGAAGGAGAGGGAGUGGACACCUCGGAUUCUCCUGGACGUGAUGCUCUGAUCCCAAGGAGUGCUAGCUCUAGUCGUCUCUCUGAGCCGUUAUGCCUCAAGACUGCCUUUGAUAACCUGGCUAUGAAUCCUGGCAGCAGCAUAGAAGGGAUACCAGGUGCUAUCGCUGCUAGUCCCCCGAUGAAUCCAACCAGUUUCUACAUAGGUAGCCAAUCACGGCGGAGCUCAGUGCUGACCGAGGGGUCACCUUCAAGUCAAGGGUCAAUGACCUUUGCCACCUCACCUCCUAAUAUGGAGGGACCUAUCUCAUUUGUUGCUCCAGAGCUUCCAGAGGAAACAAUCCUAGCUCCGGAGCACACAGAAACUGUAGAUAGGCUAAAUGUUAUUCUUGGUAUCGUGGAGGCGAUUGUAGAGGUGGCGAAGUCAAGAAGCGUUCCCCUAGCAGAAUCUAUCUACAAUCAAGGCUCAUCUAUCUUUAGCAACUCACAAGUCUGCUUUGUCAGUGAGAACUAUAGGUUGGCUGAACAGCUUGUUUUGUAUACCCGUUCUCUUGAGCUACUCAAUGCUGCUCUUACCAUGGCCAAAGAAGAAUUCAGCGCAGCGAGGUUAAAACCCUCAAAUGCAGUCAAAACAGUCCUUCAGGAUCUAAAUCGUGUCUACCAUCUCUGCCUGACAAAGAGCCGUCAACUCUGUGAAGGGAGCCCUCUGCAGUCCUUAGACAUCGAUCUGAACACUGCAAUGAUCACUGCUGAUAAGCUGAUGUACAGCUAUGCCAUUGAACAGUGCCAGUCUGCCGGUAUGGAUGAGAUGUUUGGCAACUCGCAAGAGUGCUUUCAACGAUAUCGAACUGCUCAAAUGCUGCUUCAUGGGCUCUGUCUUCAGGCUGGGACAGAUCAUGACAGAAAUCUACUCUUGAAAUUUAAAAAUGCCCUUGACCAAAGACUGCUUUUCCUUGAGAGACAACAGCCUGCUGCAACUCCGAUGAUUGGCCAUCUCUAGGUAUGGUCGUUGGUAGGACUCUGAGGAUAUGUCAGGUUGAGGAGUAAACCAUCUUCCAAGAUAUCCAUGGCUGAUAACCUCUGGAAUUUGGUAAUCUGUGAGGAUGUUUGUUACUUGCUUUCACACCAAACGGCUGUGUCAACUGUUGAUAAGUUAAGGAGUUAACCAUCUUCCAAGACCUCUGUGACUGGUCACUCCUGCAAUGUUAGGGGCUGGAGUUAUCUACAUUGGCACUAAAUGCCUAUAAUAAGACUCAAGAAUCUCCUGACCGUUGAUAAAUUUAGGAGUUUCCCGCCUUUCAAGAUCUCCUCUUGUCAUCAGUUGGAAGCUAGUAAGCUGAAGGGACUAUCACUGUCCUUUCCUUUGUUGUCAGCAAGAGGCUAUCUCCAGGAUUUACAGGAUAUCUUGACAAUGAAUAAGUGUAGGAUUUGACUGUCUUCGAAAACCUUCAUAACUGGCCUCCCCUGGAAAGUUGGUCCCCUUUAGGAAGUGCUAUUUCUUAGGUUGGUACUUAAUGGCUGUUUGUAAGAUCCACAUAUCUGUUGUGCUUAGGUGAGUUUAGGAGUUCAUCAUCCGAGAUCCCCAUGAAUGAUCUCUCCUGGAAGUCUGACCAUGUCUCGGAGGUUCCUUCUUGCUGGUUGGCAUCACUGGCGGAGGUAACGAUCUUCUAAGAUGAGGAUGACUGUUUGAUCAUCUCAAGAACUUCAGCAAUCUAAAGGACCAAUGUUUCCUUGGAUAACCUUGAUGGAGAACUUCAAACAUAUAAGUCUUUUGAUGUUAGUUUGGUCAACCUAUGCUGCUGUGCGCAAGUUCAUCUUUGGGCCUCAAUGAAAGGUCAAUCUUAAUCUUGAACAAGUGAGAAAUGAUGAGGAAAGUACCUGUGCUUCAUCUGAAAGACUCCUGCAGAUGCAGCUGUAGGCUUAUAGAAUGCUUAAGUCUCUUGUGUUAGCACAAGCAUGGAACUGUCAGACGACAUUCUUAGAACCCCUGAAAGUAGUUGUUGAGCCUGCGUGGGGUUGUGGUAAGAGAGGAGUAAGACAUGUCUGGUCAACAAUAUGUGUGGAAAUCUCUGAGAAGCUUGUAUUUAUGAGGUUAGGAAUAUGACAAGUUGAUGUGUUAUUGAUUGUGCAAUCCAGAUAAGUGAAUAUUCAGUAAGAGAUGAAUAAGUUAAGAGUAAAAUAUUUAUUGUUUAUUAUUUUCAGCUUUGGUUUACAAAAGUGAGGGAAGAUGAACUUUAUAUCUUAGAGGGUUACUCGUGGUAUUCCACAUUUUUGUUCUCCCUAUUCUUCUGGUUUUUUUUUAUUCUUCUUUCCAAUGCUUGUCUCUCUUCUAUGCCCACCCCCCUUAUCAACCCAUGCUUAAUGAUUCCAUCCUAUGCAAUAUGAUAUUCGAGGCAAGAGACUUUGAAAAUACACUAAUCAAAUAAGUUCAAUAGCUCUUUUUAUCAGCAUUUUCUGCCAAGUUUAUGAAUUAUGUACUAAUAAGAUGAUAAGUUCUGCAUAAGAGAUACAUGUAUGUUCUGUAUAAGAACAUUUCUUUUUAAAGUGUUGAAUUUAGUUGUUGAAAAUCUUGACGUUGUACAUGUACAAGAUUUAAAAAGUUGAAAUCGAGAUUAAGGCAGUAAGUGAUUCUCUGUAUGAAAAAUAAUAUAUUUUUAGUACAUCAUUUCAAAGAUUAAGGAACAGUUGCUAUUGUAACUGAAUAAUUUCAUCUGUUUGUUGCAUGCUUAUUUCAUGCUGCAUAUCGACCAUUUCCCCAUGCUUGAAUUAAUAUGCUGAAAUAUAAAUGUAUUUUCACAUAGUAAAAUGUAAUGUUGUCCAGAAUGUGUGCACAAUGUUUUUAUGGUGCUUUUAUUAAAGCAGUUUUUGAACCCCAUUCAUCCCAGGAUGUCAACAUAUUUCAUUAUGUUUUAGAACUAGUGAAAUCAUUUACAUCUUCACCGAGUGGUUUAGUGUAGAUUUUGUUGUUGUUGAUGACAACAGAGGAGAUGAAUAAAAUACAACAACAAACAUUGCAUGUGGCACUCUACCUGAAUGUGAUGAUAAAUGCUGCAUAAUGCCUACUUUGGAAAUGGAUCCAUUGGUAUGUAGCUUAUUUAAACCUCUAAAGUGGAAAAUUUGUUAGAUAACUUUUUUUUUUCAUUUUGAAGACUCUUUAUGGAAAGAGUAAAUCUGGGCAAGACUUCCAUUUUUCAUUGAUUUUUUUUUUACUCCACUUAAUCUACUUUCAAACUAGUGAUGGACACAAGUGUCCAUGAAUAAUAAUAAUUGAUAUCCUCUUCCCUUCUGGUUUGCAUUAGGCUUCUGCUUAAGGUGUCUGUCCUCCAAGAAGGUCAGGGGCACAGUGAGGGUCCUCUAAUAGACUCCUGUACUAUUGGUUAGUCUUUUUACAAUCCCCUUUUGACAAAAUGACUACAAAUAAAUUGUUGUUUGGUAUGAACUGCACCAGAACACCCAUUGUGAUCUUUAUCAGGAAAACAGAAUUGUUUUGAGGCACUCUGUAACCCAGUUGGCAGCAUAUUUAAGGUAUGAAUGUUCUGAAGAGUGUUGUGGGUAAAUAUGUUAUUCUGUUGAGUUUAGAUUACUAGUAUAAGACUACAUAAACAAAUGUUGCAUUCUGGGAAGGAAGCAGGGGCUGUUUAGAACUCCUGGGCUCUGUUACACAAAGAAUAGCGAUCAAUCGCUAAAUGAACUGACCAAUCAAUGUCAAUGUUGCAUGAGCUUUUGGUUAAAAAUACUUUCCAGGAACCAACCAGUGCGGUUCUUACAUAUUUGCAAUCCAUCGCAAACCUUUGUGUUACAGAGCCCAGAUGAUGCUAUUCAAUGUGAUUGUAGCAUUUUGCCUUUAAGAGAAACACAUACAUAACAAGAAGAGUAACCACAUAUAGGGAGAAUAUAUAUUUUGUGUGGAAUUGACAGUAAACAUGCAGCUAGGGAUUGUGAUUUUGAUAUAUUCAUCAGUCCAUGAAGGAGAGUGAGAAAUUUUU